AUGAAGCUUGCUUUAAGCUUGGCCUUUUUUGUGUGUGGAGUUCUUGUGAGAACCUACGGCAAAACAACUACUACUAGGCCUCGAUUGGGAAGCUAUGGCAAAACAAGUACUACUGCGCCUCGAGGGAGAUUUCAUGACAGUAUGACCACGGCUUUCCCCAAAGAUCCGUCAAAAAAUGACGCAAUGAAAGUGGUCGAAAUGAACGCUACGCAAUGGGUCAAGUGGCGCACGUAUAAUCUGACAGAUCCUUUCUUAGGCAACCCUCUACAGUGUGAAAACUUCAAGGUUAUGAAAGAGAUAAUACCGUGGAACUACACAUUACAGUACAGCUACAGAAGUGGGAAUAGUUGGCUCGCACGCAAUGAAACCAUGGUUUUGGAGUAUCUCGGCAUACUACCCCUUGCCCCAAAUGACAUGUUCUUUGCAAGGACUCCGCUUGACCCAGCAACUGACAAUUAUGUGAUGUAUUCCAACUAUGUGAACUGCACCGUUCUUCGAAUAUCAGUUCCAAGUCAAGGAGAAAAUCACUGUGACCUCUGGAUGGCGAAUACGACUGCUUCCGAAGAACCGCCCCUGCUCUGCCUGGAAAACUUUGAACGAUAUUGCAACACGGAGCAUAUCUUCAACGUUUACCUUCCCAAUUGUACAACCGGGAAUACACCCGUCUUCUUCGAGUAG